AGCCUCGGGCGAACUGCUUUACAGAAACAAAAAGGAUGACAAUAAACUAAAAAAGCCGCACGUGUUUCAUCAACUCGCGAGCGUGUCUUACUGACUUUGUCGCACCCAUUAAUUAUCGUUGUGGGUGAGAUUUGCCUAAAACAUCUAAAGCUUUUCAUCUCGGUAACACAGAAGUUUGCCAUCGCAGUUCGCGCGCGCACGUACACACACACACACACAACGAAAAGAGGGGGGAAGUGUGGCAUGUACGCAACGUACAUAUCUACAACGCGUUCUUCGAGCUGCCAUCUCUUUUUCCCCCCUCUCUCAACAUACGGUGUGCUUCUAUUUUUUCCUUCUCUUUUUACGGUUCUCUUCCAAGGAGGAGGAUAAAGAAGGAAGAGGACACUCUCUUAUACAUCGCAACUCCCCUAUUCUAUCUUUUCGUUUCGUGAGUGUUGCGCUCUUUUCACACGCGUUUGGGGCACUCUUCUGUGCCUUUCCUUUAGACCUGUACCGUUAUUCAAACUUAGUAGCACUUUCCGUUUUGCCUGACAUAGAUCGUUGCUGAUUCUUCGGGAGGUCUUUUUUUAUUAUUGAGGUGCAACUGCUCUUCCGUCUUGAAAACAUAUAAUGCCGGCAAAGAAGGCGCGUGCAGCUGCGGCAACGUCAUCUAACUCAGGGCCUACUGCCCCGGUGCGUCUUCGAAAACGAAGUUCGUUAAAUGGCACCGCAAACGGCAGCGAGGCAACUCCUACACCUUCCAACGCGACCGCCACAGCAGCAUCGACAGUAACAGCAGCAUCAGCACCAGUCAAGAAAACCACGGCAAAAACACGCAUCUCAGUCACCUCUACCUCCAUCGUCGCUCAACAGGCAGCGUUAGCAACAGCAACAGCAGUCCCCGGAUCCAGCGCGGGGACUGCAGCCGCGAAUGCCCUACGAGCACGGGCGAGUGCCAGUGGACACCCCGACCUACGCGCACCUGCUCGUAGCAUCACGGAAACCUCAACUAGAGCUGUUGUGAACGGUACCAGCGAUAUCCAUAGUAGUGGUGGUGGUGUUGCCCAUCACACGGUUGGAGCUACGGCAGGACCCUCCCCAAACCACAAAGCAGUGUCUACAACGCCGAGGUCCGCUGUCUCUGCCGCCUCCAAGACCAGAAAUCACCCCGUCGCUGCGACGCAGACAACGGCGGCUGCGAGUUCCGACCCGCCAGUCGCCGCAACCUCACCAACUCCACGAAGUGGCACAUCUCACGUCGCCGCUGGGGUCGGCGGCAUCAGCGACAGCGGCAGCGCGCCGUUCUCUGCUGCACCAGUCGCACGUCGCCAGAGGGGCAGCAUUGGUGCUGCCGCAGCAGCGCCAGGGAGCAGCGGAGCACCCACCACCGCCGCCGCAUCCUCUUUUUCCAAUGCCUCUCCGGCCCCCUUAAUUCGAACCACCAAGGCCAGCGCCUCCGCCACGUCCACGCUUCCACACGUAAGUCAGCGUCCCGAUUCCGCUGCGCGCCCAGGCCCGCCGACGCCGCGGCCCCCCGACCCAGCGGCUCCCAGCACAGGCACAGCGCAGCCCUCGCACAGUGGUGAGGCGGGUAGCGGUGGGAGUACCACCGCAGCGGUUGGCGCGCGGCCUCGUCGCACCAGUGCCACCAGCGACUCUGGCAGCGCCACUCACACCGUCAAUACUGCCCCAGUUCCUGCCUCUGUGUCUGCCGCGGUCAGUGAAGCUCCCUUUGCACCACCGGUGUCGUCGUUGACAGCCGCGGACACUCGCGCCGCUGCUGCUGCUGCUGCUGUAGCUGAACCAAAGCGCGAGGAGCAGCACGACCACAGCAGCGGCGCGGCUCCCCGGAUGGCUCGAAAGCGCACCAGCGCAGGCACAGCCCUCAACGCCAAGCCGAAAACCCCGUCAGCCACCCAUUUCACUGCUACAACGGGUUCCGUCACUUCUGGAACACAAGCAGCUGCAACGGCAGCAGCAGCACAUUCCUCCGUAGAGGAAGCAGCAAAGGAAAAUGUGACGCAUCGCAGCAGCGAAGCCGAAACGGCGGCCCCAUCCGCGCGCCCAUCCGGCACGCUCCCCUCUCAUCGGUCUUCGGGACGAGUAUCGGUCAGCAUCCCAACCACCGCCGCCAACACCGCUCCACCGACGCGCGACCCGUCCGUCGCCCAACCGCAACACGGCAGCACCACCGCGGCAACAGCGGCAACGGCGCCUUCCAACGCGUUAGAGAGUGAAAGCCCCACCUUCCCAGCGCUGAGCAUUGCAAAGGGAAGCGGGAGUGAGCUCGAACGCUCUACUCUUGGCAUCGCCGCAACCACGCGACACAACGCCGUCGCACCACUGAGUAAUCUUCCCCGGCAUUCGCACGGGCCUGUCGUGUCAGAGGCGUGGACACGGAGCAUCAUCAAACCCGGAGACGAGCAACUGCUGUACGCACCCGCCAAUGCCGCCUUCGCGCGAACGUCGUCGGGAAUGACCAAGAGCUGGCCACGAGGCGCUGCGAGUGUUGUGCGAAACGACAGUAAAGAUCGCUCCUCCCUGCAAGAUCCGCAGCUGCGCCGAGCGCAGCUGACCGUGCUGCAGCAACGGCACAUCGCGACGCCCUCGCCGGAUCGUCGCAGCACACGAGGCUCUGCUACUGACAGAGGAUCCAGCUCCCAGUUUGGGUCCACCGUGAAACGCAGUGGCACGCGUCUGCAGCAGCUGCGCCACGAGGCAGAGGAACGCCGACGCUCUCUCAACGCCACCUUGUCGACGCCGAGCAACGUGGACGGUUCUGCGGUGCGAGCGCACGGCCCGAUGGUGAACGUGGGAGCUGGCGGGGGGCCCAACUCCGCUUCCCCGACGCCGUCGCGUAUGUCAGAUGCCUCCGUCAACACGGGCAUCGGCGGUGGCGGUGGUGGUAGUCGGCUCAGCGCGGGCACACCAAUGUCACGGCGCUCCACCGGCAGCAACGAGAUUCCCAUGGAGCGCAUUCCCGGCGCUGCGUCCGUCGUUGGCGGCCCGUUCCGCCAAACCCCACCCGGAGUCAGCGGCCCGCACGUGCAGCAGCAGCAGCAGCAGCAGCAACUACAGCAACGGAACUCACCGGCGCUCUCGCUCUUCGCGCGCCCGUCUCCGCGCGUCUUCGCCACUCCUAGCCCGCGCGGCAGCACCAACGCAAGUGGGGUGCCCGGAAUGAUGGUGACCUUUGGUGUGAGCAACGCGCCGUACUACACUGGAAAUGAAGAACUGACGAAGCUGACUCGGGUCCGGGAGGACAUGUUGCGCGCACUCUUGCUCUCCACCACCACCUCGGGGGCGCCAGCUGCUGCGAAGAUCAAAGACGAGGGCAGCACCACUACCUCGCUCAGCAACUCCGGCUCUUCGCUGCCCACCUUGCACGCCGACCCGCGCGUUGGGGAGGCCAUCAGGACUGGUGGGGGUUCUCCCUCCGCGGCGAAGCGCCCGCGACAGCGCAUCUACGGUGUCGGCAUCCGUUCCGAUGCAAACGGUGAGGCAAUGGUGUCUCCGCAGAAAGGCCCUGUUGCUGACGUGCCGAAGCCACGGGGACGGAUGAGCAGCAGCAGUGCCGAGGCCAUCUUGGUCUCCUCGAUGCGUCAGAAGCCCUCCGCCGCACAGGCGGCGGCGGCGGCGGGUGCCGGGGGACCACAACUCUCUCCAUCGCGAAGCCCGGCCGCAGGUGGUGAAGGAAGUGGGUCGGGUACCACCGGCUCUGUCGCGCGGCCGAAGCUGAGUGCCACGGCGCUCGGUGCGACGGACUCGUCGUUUUCCACCACCAAAUCAGCCACUCGACUGCCGCGACGAUCGGCGGUGAUGGUGGCGCUGGCCAGUCUGCAGCCGGCCAACACGUUGGGAGAACGUACCCGCACUGAGCUGGUCCAGCAGGCCGAGGAGUCACAUAAGACGAUGGCAACGCAUCCUGGUAGCGGUACCGAAACGACUGCGGCGGCGGCGGUUGUUUCAGGGCCACUGAAGUCGGCCCCCAUCUCCUUUGAGGAAGCCACCCGUCGUCUUCUCAUCGAUCCUUUCUUUCCCCUCGUCAGCGAGGAGAACUAUCAGCGGUUGGUGCUGCAGAACGACGAGUACAACGAGCGCAAGGCGCUGAUCAUGCGCAUCUGCGCCGUGUCACCGCCGAAGUCGUCCCCACUGCCGCCAGUAGGAGGAGAGGAGGAAGGCGGGCAGCCGCGUCACUCCGCCACCGUCGGACCGAAAGCCGCGCGUGCGUUGGAGAUGGACCUGGCAGAGGCGGACGAGGCGAUGAUCGCCCUUUCAGCGGUGCCUGCGGACGCCACAGCAGCAGCGGCAACGGUCUCAGCUAUGCCUGCCUCCCUCUCCCUCUCGACCACGUCACCGGGCGGCAACACGAAUCACAGCAACGCUGUCGGCGCUGCACCGCGUCGCCCGUCGGUGCAGUACGGCGGACCCACCGCUCACCCUUCCCCGUCGCAGACUCGCACACGCUCGCCGUCGCCUGGCGUGCCGCCCACCUCACCGCCACUCGCGGCCUCGUUAAACUCACCGUCCUCGGCGCCGGCGCCAGCGCGCGAGAGUAAGUUGCUUGUGAAUGCGGUGAUGCCGUCGGAGAAGACGGGGCCUAUCAAGCCUCUGGCGCUGAACACGGCGUGGUACACUCCCUCUGUGGCACCGGCAGACGCGGCUCAAUCCGGCGCCGUCCAGGCGCUGUUAAGCCCCACCAUCCUGAGCAACGGCCCGGGCAGCCCGGCUAGCAACUCGCCACGGCGUGCGUUCUCGCGCAGCCCGUCGGCGAGUCGGUCGUCAUCGCAUCACGCCACCCGACGCGGCUCCCUCUUCCACGGUGCACAGCAAAGCACGUCGGCUGCCGCUGUCCCGGCAAGUGAGAGUGUCAGCAGCGAUAGCGAGAGCACCGCGUCGGAUGAGGUGGUAGAUGCGGCAGAGACGGUGCUGCGGCGGAUGCUUCCCCGCUGGGGGCCCUUCCAAACCCCCGCGGCGACCCCCCCUCCGCCGCCCGCGGCGCCAGCAAACGCGACCCCCUCCUCUACCCGGCAGCGCCGCAACUCCAGCAGCACCACCUCCACGAGCGCGUCCAGCGUGCACAGCACGGGACGGAAGGGAAAGAAGACCGGAGAGAGCAAGGGCGGCGCCGCCACUGCCAAGGAGUCGGUGGCCCCCACGACCACGACUAUGACCACGUCCGUGCUUCCACCGGCAGUGUUGAAGGAGCUGGAAGCCUACGUACACUUCUUUCUCAAACGCUUUCGCAAUGCCGACGCGGCCACCAUGGAGGAGCUCGGCGACGCGCCGGAGACGCCGCUGGCACUGCAGCGCGCUAUUCGCCAAAGCCUCCGCUUGUCCUGCGGCAGUGCCGCCGAUGACGGGGCGGCCGAAGACGUGGAAGGCCUCGCCACAGAACUACAGGACCCGCUCGACGACGGCAGCUUUCACCGCCAGAAUGUGCAGUACGUUCUCGAUCUCUUGGGCUCGUUGCUGCAGAUGCAGGACUCGUUCUGCGAGGACGUCAGCAGCGGGGGGCGUGCGACGGCGCGCGGGACACAGGACACAAAGCAGAGAAAGGCCAAGCUGACGGAGACGGACUUCCUCGCCAAGGUGAUGUCUCACCCUGCGCUAGACAGGAGCGGACAGGACGACGACGCAGAUAAUGCGCAGAAAUCUGGGAUGGGCAACAACGUGACGCGCAGCGAGCGAAAGCCGCGUGUGCGUCCGGUGUUGAAGCUGCAUUACCCCGAGCUGCACGCAGUUGAGCUGAUGUUCGCAAAUCUCGCUGAUGAUGCUGCUACCACUGCAGAAGGGAAGAACUGA